UCGCCAUCGGGUCGCAGCUGUCGCCCGAGGUCGGGAGCUCCGGGAUCGAGAUGCUGGAGACGGACACCUUCAAGCUGCACUGCUUCCAGACGCUGACAGGCAUCAAAUUCAUGGUUCUUGCUGACCCGAGGCAGGCGGGGAUAGAUGCCCUUCUCCGCAAGAUCUAUGAGAUUUACUCCGACUUUGCUCUGAAGAAUCCUUUCUACUCCCUGGAGAUGCCAAUCCGAUGCGAGUUGUUUGACCAGAACUUGAAACUUGCUCUGGAGGUGGCAGAGAAAGCUGGACCCUUCGGACCUGGAUCGUAGAGAAAGCCUCGCCUGUUGCACGGACUCCUUUCUCCCAAGAGCAGGGCCUCUCUCUCCCCCGCCUGGCCUCUCCCAGAGUGCUCUCCUCCACAGCAGAGACUGCAUAUCCCUGAAAUGUGCUUCAUUAUCUCCCAAGAUACUGUUUUAUGCCCCCUCAUUGUGAAAUUUACCUUAAACAGACCUGUUACUGCUGUUUACACUGGGCCACAGAGGCUUAUGCUGCUGUUGCGGCUCCCCUGCCCUUGAGUGAAGAAAGAAAGAGAAGGUGCGGGUCCGUGGCCCUACCAGAGUCGAUGGUUUUCUUUCAUUUCAUAAUUGUAUAUAUGGAUUUUCCUGUAUAGCUCUAACUUAUGGUUUUGCAGAGGGUUUCUACAUAGAAGUA